AAAAUGGCGGUGACGAGCAUUCCGUCGUGAGGACGAAGUCGAUGAAAAAGGAUUUUCUAUGUACUUACCGACGCCGAUCAAUAUUUUGAAGAAUAAUUGUAAAGUGCCAUGUCAGAAGAUUGUUUAGGGGGAGAUGCAGCUACACUGAAGGAUGUAGUUGAAGAUGAUGGAAAGACUGGUAUCUUAGCAACCAACUCUAGUUCUACAGGAACUGGUACCAAUGACCUUGAAUCUGCUGAUUAUCAAUUUGGAAAUUCUUCCACUGGUGUAAAUAAUGAAGCCUGGAAUUUAGACAGUUAUUUACAAGCACAAGGGGAGGAUAAAAAUCCGUUCAGUGGAUUAAGUGAAGAACAUUUAAACCAAUUAGAAGAUGUUUUAUCUAGUGAUGCUGUGAAUUCUUUAUUACAACAAGCGGAAUUUCAAAACCUAGAGUCAAACUUAAUCAGCUCAAUGGAAGGACCAGCAACUUCAUCCAGCUUUGGCUUUGAUGAGGCCACAGCUCAUCAGAUAAUUCAGGAGGGUGUAAGAGAACAUGAGUUAGCUGUAAUAGCUGCAGCUUUCAAUGAUCAUGCUUAUGCCAUGCCCUUAAAUAGAGAACCAAGAGCCUCAACAUCAGCUGUAGAAAUUGACCUCACUCCUGACCCCACACCUAACCUUGAGUCUGAUGAUAAGAACAAAAAAGAUGGAGACAGUGAAGAAUCCCAACAACCUAUCAGGAGAUCAAUUCGUAUCAGUGAUGCUGAACAACGAGAGAUGGCAGAGAAAAUUCUCCAAGAGAAUCGACAGAAAGCACGAGAAGCCAAUCAGGCUUUGGUGUCAAAAGAUGAAGGAGAAGAAGAAGUAGAUGGAAAAGAAGAAGUUAAAAAAGGAAAGCGUGGCCGAAAACCUAAAACUGAUACAGAUUCAAACAAUCCCCUUAAUACUAAAUGGAAUAAGAACAAUCGUAGAACCCGAUCCAGUAAAACUACAGAAGAAACUGACACUGGAGAUGAGGUUGAGGGGGCCACAGACAAGGUUGAUGGGGCCACAGACAAGGUUGAGGGGGCCACAGACAAGGUUGAGGGGGCCAAAGUGGAAGAAGAAACACCGACUCCUCCUACUCCUCGACCAGUUGGACUACGAGGGAAGAAAAUUACUUCUGGUACAGAAACACCCCCUCCUAUGAAACGCGUAAGUCGUGGAAAGUGGAAAAAUCCACUCUUUAGAGACAGACCGGAAACACCCGACAGUGGCAGUGGAACACCGGUAAAAACUCCACAGGUGAAAAAAGUUGAGGAAACCACAGAUUCUGAUGCAGAGAAGAUAACACCAAAACGCCGAGGACGAAAGAAGAAACAAGUAGAUGAAGUAGAAGAGAAAGUAGAGGAAGGCAAAGGGAAAGUAGAAAAUAAUACACCCAAGAAUGAAAUGGCUACAGAGACAGGAGAAGAGGUAACUAAGGAGAGUAAAGUGAAAGUUAAGAAAGCAGUGAAAGGAACGAAGAAAGAAGCAAUAAAAAAAGCAGUAUUAAAGAAGGGUGGUAAAAAGGUCAAAGCAAAAGUAAAACAGGAAGAAGAAGUAGAAUCAAUAACACACUCCAGUGAAGAAGAUGUUCCUCUUGGACAACUGAAACUAGAUAAAACAUCAAAACAAAAACUAAAAUCUAAACCCAAACCUAAAGCUAAGGCUACUCUUAAUAAGCAGUUAAAAACAGAAACAAGUACUGAAGAUGAUGAUGAUAUUCCAUUAACUAAGCUUGUCAAAAACUCUCCAGCAAAAUUGAAAAAGCUUAAAGCUGCUAUAACAGCUAAACGUGGUGCUAAGUUCCUUCCCAAAAAGCCUGGAUUGACUGGAAAAUCAAAACUACUUAUGAUACGACCACCCAAUCAGAUGAAAAAGAAAAUAUUACAGAAACAGAAAUUGGCCGCAAAGAAAAAAAAGGAAUCGGCCAGCAAAGACAAUGAAAAGACAACAGAAGUUGAAGACAAGCCAGCUCCUGAAACACCCAAACCCGAUGUUCCAAGCUCAGCAGAUAAAAUGGCUGCCAAACGGAAAGCACGGAAGUCAGAACCCGAAGUAUUUUUAGAUCCGACAAUGACAGAUUUAUUUAAACCAGAUGGAAUGAUUGUCCAUGAACAUGAAAAGGACGCACCAGUGUCACCAGACAUUAAAUUUGAUUCCAAAGGUCUAAGAAUACAGGAAGUAAAAACUGAAAAAGCAGAUAUCAAGGCAAUUGACCCCAAAAAGUUUUAUGAGAUCAAAAAAUAUUCUGAGGUUAAAGGUGAAAAAUCAGAGGUUAAGAAAUUGACUGGAGUUAAAGGUGAAAAGCCAGAGGUCAAAGGUGAAAAGGUGGACAUCAAGAAAACUAUGAUCAAUGAUGAAAAGUCUGAGGCUGAUAGAUCAGCUGUGGUUAAAGGUGAGAAAACAGAAAUCAAGGUUGUGGAUGAUUCUAAGGUAAAAGGUGAGAAGGCAGAGAUGAAGAAACUUAUUGAUGAUACAUCUGCUGUUAAGAAAGAGCGAAAAGACUCGGAGUCAAAAGACGAGAAAGGUAAAACCUUUGUGAAAGUAGAAAAACAGGGAUCAGAGGUCAAAGUUAACAAAAUUCACAAGCAAAUAUCCUCAAAUGACAAGAAUAAAAAUGAAAGGAGAUCUUUAGACGAGAAAUCUUCUAAUAAGUCUGAGAAAGAAAGAAGGGAAAGUAAGAACAGUAACGCUGAAGAAGAUUCAAAAUCUGGAACAACACAAACACAUGAUGCUAGUGACAGUGAAGGUGGUAUGAGCUAUGAAGAUGAUGAGAAUGAUUCUGAUUGGGAUCCCGGUAAUGAUCCAGAAACACGCUACUGUUUAUGUAAUAAACCUCAUAAUGACAGGUUUAUGAUACAGUGUGAUGCUUGUCAAAAAUGGUAUCAUGGUAGCUGUGUUGGUGUAUCAAAAUCCAUGGGUCAGGAAUUUGAAUCACAGAAUAUGGAUUUUAUUUGUCCUGUUUGUACAGAAGAAGGUAGAGAACCUGCUAAAAAAGCUCCAAAGGAAUUCCGAUCACCAGUACGACUGAAGAAGACAACGCAAUCUGGUGGGGAAACUAAUGUCUCAAGUACUAGCAAUGAAACACCCAAAAAACACUCCACAUCCAGUGAUCUCCGAAAAUCUACCGAGAAAAGAACAUAUCAAGUGUGUGUCGGUAAAUAUUGUAAGAAAGAGGCUAGAGUAGGAUCUGUUUACUGUAGUAAUGAGUGUAUUAUACAACAUGCUAAAUUAUCACUUAAAUUAUUACAACAAGAUCGAGAUAAAGUCACUUCUAAGAAAGCUGAAGAACCUGAUACUUCAUCAUCAAGUAAAGUAGGAACAGAUAAAGUUGUUGUAUUAGAGAGGAAGACAGGAUGCAUAUUAAACGGACCUACAGCACCUACUGAAUCCACCCUACAAGACUGGUUAGAGAAACAUCCGACGUUUGAGGUUUUACAACCAACUGUCAAUAAACCCCACUCGCAUCAUCAUCAUUCUUCGUCACAUUCACAUAGCUCUAGCUCCAGACGAAGUAGCAGUAGUAGUAAAGAUCGGCAUAGCGAUAAACAUGAUCGUGACCGGAAAGAUAAACAUCGAAAAGACAGGGACAAGGACCAUAGUAAGCAUAAACAUGUCGAGAAAGAUGGUGAAAGAAAAUCAACAGAGAAAAAAGACGAAGGUCCUGAUCCAAUUAGAAUAAAUGUUAGAAAAAGUUUGAGGGAUGCAUUAGCCAAUAGAGCUGAUCAAGCUGAUGAUGUGAUGUUAUCAAACAGUGAAAUCAAACAUAUAUCACUCUCUAUAGAGGAAGAAAUGUACAAAUAUUUUAAAGAUGUUGGACAUAAAUACAGAGCUAAAUAUCGUAGCCUUGUAUUUAAUAUCAAAGAUACUAAAAAUAAUGGUUUAUUCCGUAAAAUUCUAAGUGGUAAAAUUCGGGCUUCUAAACUUGUGCAGAUGUCAUCUACAGAAUUGGCAUCCAAGGAAUUGGCAGAGUGGAGGAAAAUGGAAACAAAACAUACAUUAAAGAUGAUUGAAGAACAAGAAAAGAAAGCCAUGAAAGAACAUGUUCAUAUACGUAAGAAAACUCACAAAGGUGAAGUAGAACUUGAUGAAGAUCUCAGUACUUUAAGGGAUGAAGUAGAGAAACCCACUCCAGUAAAAUCAAAGAUGGAACCUAAAGCAGAUCUAUUAUCUGAACUUAUAGUAGAUACUACAGAUAAACAUCGUACACAUCUCUUCGAUUUAAACUGUAAAAUAUGUACGGGUAAAGUGGCUCCACCUCCACAAGAUGAUGUGUCUAAAAAGGCAACUGUGGCUCAUUCUAUUGGCAGGAUAUUUGUGUAA